AUGGACGUCUCCCCUCGGCACGUCGUCUUCGGCUCCUCCGUCGGAAGCGUGUACGUCUUCGAACGACGCGACGAGCGCGGGCGCCCGCGCGAGCCGGGCGCGGGGGACGACCUCGCGGAGGGGCCCGCAAAGUUCGCGGAGCGGUUCAUGGUCGAGAACGCAGAGAACGUCUCCGCGAUGGUCCCCGUGGUCGGCGUCAAGGUGAACCCGCAGGGCACGCGCGUCGCCAUCGCGUUCGACGGCGGCGAAGUCGUCGUCUCGCAGUUUAACGGCGCGAAACCGCACGGCGCGAAGACGCCGCGGGGAGAGGAAAGGCUCACGUCCGGGAGGUACGACACGGGGAUGCCGGAGGCGCACAAGGGGAGCGUGUUGACGACGCUGGCGUGGAACGCGGCGGGCGAUCGAUUGAUUUGCGGCGACGAAAACGGCGCGGCGUCGAUAAUCUUCCUCGCCCCCGAGGGGAAAGCCGCGAGGGUCGUUCGGUUCGAACACCCGAUCGUCCAGGCCGGGUUCCUGGAUCACGGCGACGAUACCGAGACGGACGCCGCGGCGAUCGUGUCCACGACCGCGCAGCUGCACGUCGUCAAGAGGAAGGCGGCGAGCGAGGACGACGGAUCGAAGUUCAAUCUCGAGGCGUUCGCGGUCGGCAGCAAGCCUCGCGCCGGCGGGUUCGGCGGCGCGGCGCACGCGCGCGCGAAGAUGGGCGUCCCGGAGGGGCUGAACCUCGCGGCGCUCGACGCGACGUCGAAGUCGAAGUCGACGUCGGGAUCGGGAUCGGACGCGUGGUUUUUCGGCGCUCGCCCGGGCCGACGGCUGUGGCUGUGCCGCGCGUCGACCGACGACGCCGGCGGCUUCGACGCGACCGUCGUCGCGACGCUUCGACCGUCCGUCCUCGACGCGACGCCGUGCCCGACGUCCUCGACGUUCACCGCGCGCGUCCCGAAGAAGUGGGAGUUCGGGAAGCUCCUUCCGUUGGGGCCGUGCGUGUUGUCCGCGUCCGACCGAGCGCUCGCGGUGAUUGAUUUCGUCAGCGCGACGGUGCUGGCGUGGUACCCGCUCGAAGGCCGAGCCGCGGCGGGGGACAUGGGCGGCGGCGACGUCAUGGGGUCCAUCACCGCGCUGUGCGCGGUGGGGCCGAGGGCGUUCGUGCUCGGGAGCGAGGGUGGGGUGUGGUGUCUGCAGGGACCGGUGGAUCCGGAAGGGGUCGUGCACGCCGCCGCGGGCGCGGCGGCGCGCGCGAACGUCGUCGCCGCGGAGAACGACCCCGGCGCGGUGGCGGGCUUGACCGAGGACGCGCGAGCGUUGUUGAUCGACGAGGGGUAUCACGUGGCGCGGAUCGCGGCGAGGUUUGGGAUCGAAGCGCCGGCGGCGCGGGCGGACGUCGUCGCGGAGGAGCCGGCGACGUCGGCGGCGGAGACGACGACGGCGACGGCGGCGGCGGAGGCGGGCGGCGAGGACGAGAGCUUCCCCGUUCCCGCGUCGCCGGAGCGGGGCGCGAAAUCUUCCCCCGAGGCGCCGGACGCGGCGGAGGAGGAGCUCGCGGCGGCGAUCGCGCCCGUCGAGAUCGCGGCGGAGACGACGGGGGCGAGCGCCGCCGUGGAAGCGCCGGCGGCGGUCGUCGAAGAAGAGAAGACUCCCGCGGCGGUCGCGGCGAAGGACGAGGACGACGUCGGGAUCAUCACGCGGAGACGAAACGCGGAGAAGAACAGGAAGAAGAAAGAUAAGAAGAAGAACAAGCGCGUCGUCCGGUUGGAAGAGCCGUCGCCAGAGGCGCCCGCGGCGGCGGCGCCGGCUUCUCCCGAGAAGCCUCCGACGCCGCCCGUCGACGUCUUCGCCGCGCCCGCGCCGGCGUCGUCUUCCUCUCCAGAAGCUCUCGACGAGGAAGUCGCCGCGAUCAACACAACAAUCGCGGAGCUCUCCGUCAAAGCAGACGCCGCCGCGGCGGCGGCGUCGGCGACGCUCGCGGCCCCGUCGUCAUCGUCGUCAUCGUCGCCGCCGCCGCCGCACCACGACGUCUUCGCCGGCGUCGUCGUCUACGUCGACGGCGUCGCGAAUCCGCCGUGGUCGGGCCUGAAAGACCUCGUCGUCGCGAACGGCGGGACGUUCGCGGACGCGUACUCGUCGUCGCGCGUCACGCACGUCGUCCGCGUGAACGGCGGAGGGAAGACGAGAUCGACGACGACGACGACGAGCGGCCGAGCGGUGAAGCCCGAGUGGGUCACGAGCAGCGUCGCCAUGGGGAAGGCGCUGCCGCGCGACGCGUUCGAGCUGUCCGACGACGAGGACUUCUUCGACGCUGAGACGGAGGCGGAGCCCGCGGCGGAGGCGGAAGCGGAGGCGGAGGCGGAGGCGGAGGCGGAGGCGGAGGCGGAGGCGGAGGCGGAGGCGGAGCCCGAGGCGGCGCGAGAACCGUCGCCGGCGCCGCGGUCGCCGCCCGAGCCGACGUUCGACGGCGCGUCUCCCGUAGAAUCGAUCGCGAUCGAGGCGGCGACGUCGAAGAACGGCGGGGAGAUCGACGACGCGAUCUUCGCGACGCUCGAGCGCGACGGCGGCGCGAACGCCGCGACGGCGAACGGCGGCGGCUUCGGGAGCUCGCCGCUCGAGUCGCCGCUGCCGUUCGGCGCGGCGAUGGCGUCGCCGCCGACGUCGUUUUCAUUCGGCGGCGACGGCGGCGGCGACGAGAGGUUCUCCUCCCCGCCGCGUUCGACUUCGUCGUCGCGACCGGCGCCGCUCGCGUCGCCGCAGGCGACGAAGUCGAACGCGAUGACGCCGCCGCCCGCGGACUCAUGGAGCGUCGAUUUCAUGCCGCGGUGGUUGGGCGGCAUCCUCGGCUGCGACGGCUGCGGACCCGCGGGCCGAACGUCCAAGGAGACGACGACGGCGGACGCGUCGGGGGUCGGGGUGGGCGAGUCAGUGGAGCUGCCUCUGACGCCGCGCUCCGAGGAGACGUUGAAGUUGUGA